GGAGCGGUGGGACUUGGGCGGGCUGAGAUUUGUGCUGGGAAGGUUGCCGGACCUGGAUCGGAGCAGCACUUAGGAGACGCGGUGCAGUCGACCUCAAACUGGGUUCUUGCCCUUAGCCAGGGCUGAGCUCUGGGACAGAAGGACUGGGGGGAUCCAGAAGGAUGGCAGCCAAGAGGCUGUGUCGGUGACUGGCUGGCUGCAGAGCUGUCUCUGCUCAAAGCCUCUGCGAUCCUGCCCGAUUGGCCCUGCCCCGAUGAGUGCUGCCUUUGGCAUCUAGGAGUAGGCCUUUGGAUGAACAGAGCCAUCAUGGGGACAACAGCCCCAGGGCCCAUUCACCUGCUGGAGCUCUGUGACCAGAAGCUCAUAGAGUUUGUCUGCAACGUGGACAAUAAGGACAUGGUGUGGCUGGAGGAGAUCGAGGAGGAGGCCGAGCGCAUGUUCACCAGAGAAUUCAGCAAAGAGCCCGAGCUGAUGCCCAAAACACCUUCUCAGAAGAACCGACGGAAAAAGAGACGGAUUUCUUAUGUUCAGGAUGAAAACAGAGACCCCAUCCGGAGAAGCAGGUUGUCCCGCAGAAAGACACGCAGCAGCCGUCAGAGCUCCCGACACCUCCGCAGCAAGGACAAGGUUGAGAGGCUGGCCACAGUGGUGGGCGAGAACGGCUCCGUCCUGCGGCGGGUGACCCGUGCUGCGGCCGCAGCUGCAGCGACCUCCGCGGCAGCCACGCCUUCGCCCACCCCUGAGCCUCCCACGGUGCUGACCAAGAAGCCCAAGGAGAGCCUGGCCCAGUGCCAGCUGGUACCCGUGGUGGAGAUUGGCAUCAGUGAGCGCCGGAGCGCUGAGCAGCACCUCAGCCAGCUCCAGUCUGCCCAGGCUCCACCCCCCAGCCCGGCUCCGGCCGCUGCUCUGGCCUCCCAGAUCACCUUGACCUCGGAGGAGGACUCAACACCCCAGAAGCCAGAGACCGGGAGACUGGAGUCUGUCACCGUGAGCUCCCUGAUAACUACACCCCAGGACCCCAAGGGUCGAGGGGUCGGAGCAGGACGGUCCGCCUCCAAGCUCAGAAUUGCCGCGACCUCCCCAGGCCCGCAGGACUCGCCCAGCUCUCCGGCCUCCCCGUGGCGGGAGCGGGUGCUGGCUCCCAUCCUGCCGGAUAACUUCUCCACGCCCACGGGCUCCCGUGUGGACCGCAGAUCGGUGCGGCGCAGCCUGAUCGCCCCGUCCUCCCCGGGUCCCCAGGUCUCGCUGGCCCAGAAUUACGCCCUGGUUUCCAAAGAGGAGAGCACCGUCCGAAGAUCAAGCAGAAGGAUUGCCAGGAAGGCCACCAAAGAGCCGGCCGCCUCCGCCCGCAUCAUCUGCCACAGUUACCUGGAGAGGCUCCUGAAUGUCGAGGUGCCCCAGAAAGUGAGCCCCAAGGCGGAGGAGCCCAGCAAGGAAGCUGAGCCAGAGGAGGCGGCCGAGCCAGAGGUCCCCAAGAACAAUGGCAGUGCCUUGCGGCUCCGCAGUGCUACCAAGAUCGCCAUUAGCACGCCCGGCUCGCAGCCUGCAGCCGGUGGCCAGGGGACGCCCUCUGAAGGGCGGCAGGAGGCCAAGACUGACCAAGCAGAUGGCCCCAAGGAGCCGCCUCAGAGUGUCAGGAGGAAGCGCAGCUACAAGCAGGCCGUGAGUGAGCUGGACGAGGAGCAGCAGCUGGAGGGUGAGGAGCUGCAGCCCCCCAGGAGCAAGACCCCUUCCCCGCCCUGUGCCGCCAGCAAGGUGGUGCGGCCCCUCCGGACCUUCCUGCACACCGUGCAGAGGAACCAGACGCUCAUGACCCCGACCUCGACCCCUCACAGCAGCGGCAUGAAAUCCUUCAUGAAGCGCAACACUCCCCUGCGUGUGGACCCCAAGUGCAGCUUUGUUGGCUCAGGUGAGGGCACUCGUGACUCAGGCCCUUGGGAGGCCUUUGGGGUCGUCCUGGCCCAGCGCGGGGCUGCCCUCACUCCCCCACCGCCACCCCCCCAGGAGAAGGAGCGACAGCGCCUGGAGAACCUGCGGCGGAAGGAGGAGGCCGAGCAGCUCCGCAGGCAGAAGGUGGAGGAGGACAAGCGGCGACGGCUGGAGGAGGUGAAGCUGAAGCGUGAGGAGCGCCUCCGCAAGGUGCUGCAGGCCCGGGAACGGGUGGAGCAGAUGAAGGAGGAGAAGAAGAAGCAGAUCGAGCAGAAGUUUGCUCAGAUCGACGAGAAGACGGAGAAGGCCAAGGAGGAGCGGCUGGCCGAGGAGAAGGCCAAGAAGAAGGCAGCGGCCAAGAAGAUGGAGGAGGUGGAGGCGCGCAGGAGGCAGGAGGAGGAGGCGCGGAGGCUCAGGUGGCUGCAGCAGGAGGAGGAGGAGAGGCGCCACCAGGAGCUGCUGCAGAAGAGGAAGGAGGAGGAGCAGGAGCGGCUGCGGAAGGCGGCCGAGGCCAAGCGGCUGGCGGAGCAGCGUGAACAGGAGCGGCUCCAGGCCGAGAGGGAGCUGCAGGAGAGGGAGAAGGCCCUGCGGCUACAGAAGGAGCGGCUGCAGAGGGAGCUGGAGGAGAAGAAGAAAAAGGAAGAACAGCAGCGCCUGGCUGAGCAGCGGCUGCAAGAGGAGCAGGAGAAGAAAGCCAAGGAGGCCGCGGCAGCCAGCAAAAGCCUGAACGUGACCGUGGAUGUGCAGUCCCCAGCUUGCACCUCGUAUCAAAUGACUCCACAAGGACACAGGGCGCCCCCCAAGAUCAACCCGGAUAACUACGGGAUGGAUCUGAACAGCGAUGACUCCACCGACGACGAGGCGCAUCCCCGGAAGCCCAUCCCCCACUGGGCCAGAGGCACCCAGCUUAGCCAGGCCAUCAUCCACCAGUACUACCACCCCCCGAACCUUCUGGAGCUCUUCGGAACCAUUCUCCCACUGGACUUGGAGGACAUCUUCAAGAAGAGCAAGCCCCGCUACCAUAAGCGCACCAGCUCUGCCGUGUGGAACUCGCCGCCCCUGCAGGGCACCAGGGUCCCUGGCAGCCUGGCCUACAGCCUGAAGAAGCACUGAGCCAGGCCCUCGGGCCUGCUCAGCCGUCUCAGCCUUCAUCUGUGUCUGUAUGUCUGUGUCUCUGUUGGUCUGGUGCCAUCCUGCCUGGUAUCCUGUCGCUGAGGGUUCAGUCAAGUGUAUAUAAACGUCCUCUGUGGGCUACAGGUGGAAAGCGGCUCGGGCCUGCUGGGAGGCUGAGCUUGAUGGGUGUUCGGGGAAGACCCAGGCCCAGCCUUGCCUGGUCUGCUGACAGCACUCUGUAAAUAGAUUGUUAGAGUUCAGCUGAAUUUUAGCCUCUAGUGUUUGAGAGCUAGGUUAAUAAAGUCUGUUCCUUCAUGCCUGCUGUGAGUGUCAUGAAGACUGGGCUUCUCUGCAGAAAGCCCUGGACCCUGGCCCUGUCUCGGGCCGCUGGAUGGGCUGGAGGAAUAGGAACUGCUUAUUCUCCUGGGGUGUGCGUCAAGGUCCCCUGGGUCCCACCCCCAGAGAUGCCGACGGAGUGGGUGAUUCUGAUGCCAGCCCUGGACAACCCUGAGAAACACUUCAGUUCCUUUCAUGUUGGGGCCGGUGACGAUACUUCCUGUUUUUCUGGGGAGCGCCCUGCCUGUAAAGGGGGGCUCAUUCAGUGGGUAAGACCUGGAGUUGAGGUCAGGGGAACUGGGCUCUUGACACAGCUCUGCCGCUUAAGAGAGGCCCUCAGCCCCUCCACGCCUCAGGCUCCACCGCACGGAUGGUGAAAGGACUUAAGAACGUGGACGAGCUGCUGAAGCAGGAGAUCUGGGUUAGGAAGGCGCCGCCUCCUGAAACUCCCUUGGGACCAGUGCGCGCAAGUAGUUGAGAUGUUUCUCCAACAAAUCCAGGCAGCUGCUAAUUAAGUGCUUAGUGUCCAUGGAAGCUGGCCCUGCGCCAUCGCUGCCAACCGUGUUCUAAACGUGCCACAACUUCAUCAUCUCCUACUCCAGCCCCUGGAACGGGGGUUGGUGAAUUGGGGCCUAUGGGCCAAAUCAAGUUGCAGUCCAUUUUUGUAAAGUUUCGUUGGAAGCCGCCCAGUAGAAAUGAACGCCUGUUGUCUCCGGCUACUCUGCUGAGGGCAGAGUUCAGUAGUUACAACAGAGGCCUUAUGGUUCGCAAAGCUGAGAAUAUUUACUAUGAACCUUUACAGAAAAUGUUUGCUGACCCUGCUUUGGGACAAAAUCAAGGCUGAAUAUAAGAGAGCUUUUUAAAAUGAGUAAAGAGUGAAUGCACACAACAGGCUGAAAUCUAGAAGAUUCCAUCAUGCAAAGAAAAACAUUUUGCAGUUCAUUCAAAUACGGUGUGAAUUUAAAUUUGUUCCACAUGUUCUCUGAUGAGAAACUGUUGUGUUGAGUGAACUGGUGAGUGUGUCUUUGCCUGAAACCACAAUGUCAAAAUAUUACCUCUUAUAAAAGCAUAUUUAUAUAGUGUGUUUGAGAAAAAAAUUGUCAUUCAGCAAAAAGGUAGUGACAGGUUGCACUGCAUCUUCACUAGUACUUGAUAUUGUCAGUGCUUCUUAUUUUAGCCAUUCUAAUAGACGCGUAGUGAAUUCUCAUCGUGGUUUUAAUUUGCAUUUCCGUAACAGCUGGUGAUGGUGAACAUCUGCUCAUGUGCUUACUGGCCAUCUGUGUAUCUUCUUUGGCAAAGUGUUUGUUCAACUCAUUUGUUCUUUUUUUUUUUUGGUUCCUUUUUUACUGGGCCACGAUUUCUUUCUUCAUGUGCCUUGUGUUUGUUUUUGUUUUCUGCCAUGCCACAUGGCAUGUGAGAUUUUAGUUCCCCAACCAGGGGACCAGGUAUCAAACCCGUGCCCCCUGCAGUGGAAGCACGGAGUCUUAACCACUGGGCCACCAGGGAAGUCCCUCAUUUGUUCAUUUUUAAAUUGAGUUGUUAGUUUUCUUACUGUUGUAUUUAGAAUCUCUACGUAUUAUGGAUACAAAUCUGAUGUCAGAUAUGUGCUUUGCAGUAUUUUCUCCUAGUCUGCAACUUGUCUCUUCAUUCACUUAACAGUAUUUUUCAUAGAGCGAAAAUUUUAAUUUUGUUGAAAUCCAACUUAUCAACUUUUUUCCUUUUAUGGACUGUGCUUUUUUGGCUUCAUGUCUAGGAAAUCUUUGUCUAGCCCCAGUUCUCAAAGAUUUUCUCCUAUAUUUUCUUCUAAAUAGUUUAUAGAUUUAUAUAUUACAUUUAGGCUUAUGAUCUGUUUUGAGUUAAUUUUUUUUUAAUGUGAGGUUUAUGUUUUUUGUUUUGGGGAGCAUAUAGAUGGAUGUCCAGUUGUUCUAGAACCAUUUGUUUAAAAGACUAUUCUUUUUCACUGAAUUUCUUUUGUAUCUUUGUGAAGAGUCAAUCAGCCAUGUUUGUAUGGGUCUAUUUCCAGACUUUGUAUUCUCUUUCGUUGAUCUAUGGGUCUGUCCUUUUACCAAUACCACAUGGUCAGGAUUACCGUAGCUUGUAUAAGUCUUAAAAAUCUGGUAGUGUGAUUUCUCCGUCUUUAUUCUCUUCAAAAUUAUUUUGGCUUUUCUAUCAAUUUUGCCUUUCUGUAUAAAUUUUAGAAUCAGCUUAUCUAUGCAAAAACACUGUGGGAUUUUGAUUGAAAUUAUAUUAAAUCUAUAUAUUAUAAGUUUGGAGAGAAUUCACAUGUUUAUGAUAGUGAGUCUACUAAUCCAUGAACAUGAUAUAUCUCUUCAUUUAUUUACAUCUUUGGUUUCUUUUAUCAGCAUUUUGUAGUUUCAGCAUGCAGAUCCUGUAUAAGUUUUGUUAGAUUUAUAGCUAAGUAUUUAUUUUCUUGGAGCUGUUAUAAAUGGUAUUGUCUUUC